AGCAGCCGCGACGCCAUUUGCUGCUGUCGAGCGUGGGCGCAGGCGGAUCUCGGAAGAACCCUGUCUCCAGACUCUCCGGCGCAUGCUACUCGGCCUCCAAGAGCCUGCCUGGUCCCGCGCGCGCUCUUUCGUGUCGCCCAUCGCGCCCUUUUGAGGAGUCCCCUCCUCCGCUGCCCCUAAUCGGAAAGAAGUCGGAGACUCAGCGAAUCCACCUUCACCGCCAUGCCCAAGAAUAAAGGUAAAGGAGGUAAAAACAGACGCAGAGGUAAGAAUGAGAAUGAGUCUGAAAAAAGAGAGCUGGUGUUCAAAGAGGAUGGGCAAGAGUAUGCUCAGGUAAUCAAAAUGUUGGGAAAUGGACGAUUAGAAGCAAUGUGUUUCGAUGGUGUAAAGAGGUUAUGUCACAUCAGAGGGAAAUUGAGAAAAAAGGUUUGGAUAAAUACCUCAGACAUCAUAUUGGUUGGUCUCCGAGACUACCAGGAUAACAAAGCUGAUGUAAUUUUAAAAUACAAUGCAGAUGAAGCUAGAAGUCUGAAGGCUUAUGGCGAGCUUCCAGAGCAUGCUAAAAUCAAUGAAACUGAUACAUUUGGUCCUGGAGAUGAUGAUGAAAUUCAGUUUGAUGACAUUGGAGAUGAUGAUGAGGACAUUGAUGAUAUCUAAAUUGAACCCAACACUUUACAUUCCAAUUUUUCUGAAGAUCGUCCUGCAGUUUGGAUUUUGGCCAUAACCCUCAAAGAAGAUUAAAUUUUCAUUAGCAUGAUUGUGAUUUGUUAAGGCAGACUGAUUUGUUUCUAAGGUAUUUGUUUCCUUAAAAACCGACAAUGCUGAAUUAUCUUAAGUGAAACAUUAAGUUCACUUUGUGCUAUUGAUGUAAUGGAGCUUAUGGAUAGAAGAGCACAUCUACUUAGAAAAAAGAAAAAAAAUGCAUUACUGCCUUUCCUACUUUGAACACUUGCAGUAAGUAAAUGGAUGUUUUGAAUAAACCAUUUGCCUUGUACUUGUUAUGAAUUAUGAUUAAGCCCUACUUUUGACUAACCUGUUGACUAUACAGUCUUUCUGUAUAUUCCAGUUACCUAGAUGUUCCCUAAAAAUUUUGAAGGAGGCAGAAAUCUGCAUUUGAAGUCAAAAUGAUAUAUCUUUUUUUAUAUUUAAGUAUCAUGUGGUUACUUUUACACUAAUUUUGAUAUCAUAUGCAUUCUUUUCACAAUCUUAUUUUGCCAUCAUAAACAUGGGGGGUGGGGAAUAUUUCUAAAAUGUAGUUUUUAGAACCUGGGUUGUAAUAGCAAGUUUGAAUUUGUAAAGGUAGUAGUUACAGAAAUUGAGCACUAGGUGGCACCCAGGUAUCUUAACAUUGGAAAUAUUGGUAGAUUUUUUUUCCAUUACUGUGCAUAGGAAAUUUCCUAAAUGGGAAAAGAUUGUUUUGAUCAUAUGUAUGUAGAAUAUUUUUGUAGAACAGAAAGAUUAUGUUAAAAGUGUUAUUUUAUUUUUAGAAGUCAUAUACAAGCUACAUUUUGAAUGCUUUAUUAACACUUAAAAUAUAUAAAUGAAGAUUUAAAUUCAUAACAACUUGUACAAAUUAAGCCUUUUUCAACCUAUCCCUGAGCUGGGGAGAGAGGAAGGAAAAAUCACGAACUUAAUGAAAACGUGGUCUCCAGUUUCUGAAUGAAAGAGCUACAACUGAAAAAUGUAAUAAAGAAAACAUCAUGCUGCAGACAGAGUAUAUUAUGUCUUGGUUUGUAUUAAGGAUGUAUUUUAUUAUGUGGAAAAUUUCCUUGUAUUAGGAGUUCAGGUGUACCUUUAGUUUUUGGGUGUCAUUUCUUCAAACCUCACUAGCCACAUUGUAAUCAUAUCCAAUUUUAAAAUAGAUCUAUUUGUUGCUUGUAGAACUUUUAUUCCAUUGAUCUUGAGAGAGUUUUUCAGUGAUGAAAAGUAAUACACAUGGGAAUAAACUUUCACAUGACUUCAGAAAACUAGCAGAUCUUCUCUAAUCCCAAUCAAUUAUAAUUUACUUUUCUAAGGGUACAAACUGAAUUUACAAUCUGAGGUACUAUAAAACAUUAUUAGAACAGUAUAGAGUGCCUCAUUGUGGUUCGUGUUUCUUAUUCUAUGAAGUUUCUGAACAUUUAUCUUGGUUCAAUGCAUCUGAGACCAAGGACUGGUUUUUAAUAUCAUAAGAAACCAGCCUUGGAGAGUUUACUUCAUGAUUGUUAUCAUCAGUAAUCAAAAUAUAAGAUAUUUAGGUUUCUGUACCUAAAGGUGUUUUGCUGAAUUUAUAUUGUAUCUUAGAUCUUCCACAUUAUUUUACCAAGACUGUUUGAACUCUGCAUAUGUGAUACAGUUCCUGGUAGGGAUAGUACAACUCAAAAAUUAGUUUUUGUACUUACUUCCUCUAACAAAUAUGAUUUCGUUAGAGAGUUUUUUUAAAUUACAACUCUGACCCCGAUUCACGUAUCUGCUGAUGGUGUAUUUUUUCAUGCUUAGGUAGUAACAGCCUGAUUUAUUGCUGUUGCCUCCUGAAAAAUGUGGAAUAAUAAUGAUUAAAUAUUUGAGGUAAAGUGGUACCUCAUGCAGUGCUACUUGGAGGAAUUCUUUGAUGUGAAAAUUUUAUAAUUUUGUUGAUUUGACUCUACUUCAAAUAAGGCAUGGGUGUGAGUGGUCCUCAAGAAAACUCUUGUUUUUUUGUUUGUUUAUUUUUGGUUAUGCUCUUUGGUUCCCAUAUUAUAAUGCUAUAAGCAGUGUCCAGAAAGAAAAAUAAAAGGCUUAAAAUCUAAGAAUAAUGCUUCUUACUGCUAAGAGGUGUGAUAGUUAUUACUGAUCAAUUUGAGAAGAUUCCAUUUUUCAUGCAGUUUAUUCUACUUCCAGUUAGAGUAUAUACAUGUCAUGUUACUAAAGUGGCUGAAUAACCAAACCAAGAAUUUGUGAAAAAAGUUGUGCCCAAGUUGUCUAAGCUUUCUUGAACAUCCAGCUUUUAAAAAGACCACUUCUUUAGGAGCCUGUACACUAUGCAUGAUGGAAAUUUUUAUAUUUUAUUGAAAUACAUCCAUUGGCUUACUCAUUGCAUCUAUGGAAUCAUGGCUAUAAAUAAUUGCCUAAAAACUGGCUUGUAAUUAAACUUAAUUUCAUCUGUCUUACAUAAACAUUAACUAAUGAUGUUGAAUAACAUCUUUAAUAGCUAUAAACUGCUGUCAUUGUUGACUUCAGAGUAACUCUGAGUAAAUAGGUAAAAGCAUGUUUUGAAUAAAAUACCUAGCUAGAUUUCUACUCGAUUCAUUUUGUGUGCAGAUAUAUCGACAUCCAGUAUUGACUGUGGCUUAACAGUGAAGGUAUCAGAAUGAAAAUGAGGUUCUUUAUGUUACUUAACUGUCAUAAAGAUAAAAAGGAUUUGUAUUGGUAUGAGAUGUUUAUCCUACUUAGUAAGGGUAAGUUUCAUUUAUACUGUUAAGACGCCCAUGAACUUUUACAUACCACUUUGUUUGGGGUUUACCUUAAACCAUCAUCCUUUUUAUCCUUGCUUUUUUCCCUCCUAUUUGGAAAACAAGCAAAAUCUGAAUUCUUAGUACAAGUGUGAAGAGAUACUAGACUCUCAGGUAUAGAAUGAACUGAGCAGUUCAGAGAGUAUAUUGGAAUUUGCCCACCUGCCUGCCUGUUCCUUGUGAGGCUGUAUGCUAGGAAGGAAAGUGCAGAAGCCCUGGGGUCAGAUGGCUUGUACCCAAACCUCCACUGCCCUGAACCAUAGGUAAACAUGGUUGCCUUUUCCAGCUUCUCUUAGCUUCAGGCUCCUUACCUGUAAGAUGGGCAUAAUGAGAAUAGUACCUGUCUCACAGAAUUGUUGAGAGGAUUAAUAACGUAGAUCUUUAUAUGUAUAAUGCACUUAGAGCAGUGGCUGCCUCUUUUCACUUUGAUACCCAGGACUGUGUAAGAUAGAAGAUGCAUGUCUUCUAUGUUCUCUACCAUAUCUUUUGCUUGCAGUCUUUGAUUACUAUGAUAGAAAGAACAUGUAGAGUAUAUAUUUGUAUAUUUAUGUGGACAUGAUAUUUAAAGUAAUUGCUACCAACCUUCUUUAAUUCAGCAUAAGACCUAACAGAUGGAAGGCUCAAAGUUGCUUGAUAUUUUAUAGAAUAACAACUGCUCUAUAUUUCUUUAGAGAAAAUUUAUAGUUACCAAUAUUCAUGGCUAUGGUGAUAUUUCAUUUUUAAGUCUUUGAUGAGUCCUUUUAUGUCCUUUUACUAUAGAUUCAUGAUAACUAAUUAGUACUGGCUGGUUUGGAGGUUUCCUUUCCCAUCAUGUGGAAUACUGUAAAGAAAUGAGAUGCAAAUUGCAAUUAGAAAAUAAAAUAUGAAUCAACUUUCA